AUGCUGAAAGUGAUGGACGAGAUCGCGGAGAGCGGAGGCCAUUCGAUGUCGAAGCAGCUCGACUCGAAGGAUGAGGAGGUCUUCAUGACUGCCAAAGACGCAAAUUCCCUAAUCAUGGAGGAGAGUGAUCUGAAUUUGUCAUCUCAACAUGCUCGCACGACAAGGAAGCGCGAUAACCCAGUUUUAGGGGAUGUUCAAGCGGCAGUUAAUCGGGCGGGUGUCGGUGGCGCGCCGGGUGACGGCGUGCAAGAACUCGGUUCAGCUACGGACAUUCAGAAUACCAUCGAGGAGGCCAUACAUGAGGUGGCGCACAUGACCCUGGCGCCGACUACGACCACGACAAGCUCAACAUCGACUUCCACGAGCACAACAUCAACGACAAGCUACACAUCGACGAGGACAACGACGUUAACUUUAAGACUCUCGAAAUCCUUCGGCUUCGUCUCUUCUAGCAUGUUGUGAAACCCUUUCAUGAAGAUCUUCUCGCUGUGGCCGUGUGGCGCGCAAUUAUAUUCAUCAAAAAUUACAUCAAGUAAUUGUAUCAAAAUCAAUAAAACAAGGAAAGGACCGAUGAUUUUGAUAACCUAAAGGUAAAGGUAAAGCUUUACCAUGAAUGAGACCACGUACUACCUGCAACGAAAGCUCUAAUAUUGACCACUAUGCAACCAACGACCACCACGGAAGAGCCGGAAAGUGAAAACGAAAGAUUGGCAGAACAAAAUGCACUCGCAAAUGCUAUCGGCCAAGUUGAAAAUGCUGAAGGCACUCUCGAGCGUGAGCUUGAACAAGCAAAGGCAGAACAACAGCAACUACAAAGAAGUAGUGGACACGAAAGCAGCAUUCUUGCACCGGUGUCGCGCGGACUGAUGAGUUCUGCCACACAUACGACAACGUUAGCCGAAAAUUUGCUCAAGGCAGCAAAAGAAGCCACGCAAGACGAGGGAGAGAAGCAAGAAGACACGAGUUCUUUCUUCUCUGCUGCAUCGACUUUUUCUACAUCUACUUCUGACGAAAGUGCUGCAUCACACAAAGAAGAUGAGCAUCAGCGGAUGUUGACCACAUCUAGCACAAGGAGAAGGUCAUCAACAUCUGCAUUGUUAGAUGAAGAUGGGUUGGAGCUCUCCGCUUCAACUGGUGCAGAACAGCGUCACCAGCCUCUGAAGAAAUCCGACUCUUUUGGCGCGAGUCGGACCGCACUGGUCGACUCCUUGGAGUCGCCGUCACGGGGCAGCUUUUCAUCUUUCGUUGCGGGCGCAUUUUCGUUCCUGCAAAUCGGACCGGGUGGGCUUUUUUCUCGAAGAAACGGAGGACACUUCGAAGAUGUGGCAGCUUCACGUGCAUCUUCACACGGAGGUAGCUUAGGAGAGCAGUUGAACCGCCAGGGUUCAUCGAAGCCAAAGAACCUUGAUUCUGCUGUUGGUGCUGGUCUCUGGGACGGUGGUGACAGAAGAGGCACACCGGGAAGUGGCAGCCCUGAUCGAGAACAUCUUCCAGAAGGAAGAGGAGCUGCGCUCCAAAGAGAGAAUUUCGUUGAUGCUCGCGAAUACGAAGGGGACAACCAGCCUAACGAUGUUGAUGAUCAGCGAAGCUACUAUGACCAAAAUCCUCGUGGCCAUCAAACGGUCUAUGGUGCGCACAGAGCUACACCCAACAAAGCAAGGAGGAGAAGGGAUAGCGCCCCACACGCACCACCUACCGCGGACUCGCGUAGAAGGCAUGCGCGAAGGCAUCGACAUGACCGCGGCGACGUGGACUUCAUCCACGGACCUGUGAUGAGGAGCCGUGCCCCGCCGGGUGAUUUUGAGGAUGGCAUUGCAAACACCGGAUCUAGUGAACCGUCUCCGAGGUGGACGUACGGGGAUAGCCAUCGCGAUAGCAGAGGGUACCACAGUCGAACAGAAGAUGAAGAUCAUUCUUAUCGGUAUCCCGACCACGUUGUAUCAUCAUCUGAUGUAGAUCAUGCAAGCCAAUAUCAUGGCGACGCACGGCGUGACAAUGAGUACUACGACGUUCCCCCCGAUACGCGGGAUUCGCACUGGUCUGGCAUGUUGCCGUCGAACUUACAUCUGCGCGAUGAUGCGGGAUACCGAACUCCAGUGAGAAAGACGGGGGGCCAUCGCAUGUUUGAUUCCGGUCAUUUGAACGAUGACGAGUCCGUCUUUGAAUAUCUGCCUUUGCCGAAUGAACAACUUUUGGAUCCGUCAGGCUUUCCCAUUUCAUCAAGUUUGUACGGCAGAGGAAAUACCUACACUGAAGAUAUCAUGCUGGAAGACCAUGCUAGAGACCGAGAGCGUGGUGCAAGCGUUCUAGCUCCUCCUCCUGCUUCUAACGUCGAGGAAGACUUGGAGAAGAACGAUUACGAUUUUGACGAGCUUGAUGGGAUUGGUGGGGCCUCUAGUACUAGUAGUACCUACGGACGAUGGCGACACCAGGGCGACCAGGGGGGUGCGGACCGUUUCUUUGAUGACGAAGAUCUGGACCGAAGCGAGGAUUUCGAGCAGAAGCAAGAUGAAGAUUCGAAAGCAAGACUUUCAUCUCGGAAUCCUGCAUCCGAAGAGGAUCGCCCGUCGGAUGAUAGAGAGGCAUUAAGGACAAACGCUGCCUCUGGGUCUUUCAUCCAUCAACAGAGCGAGGAUGGUCCUGAGGCCCAGAGUCGAGGACGCAAGCCGCAAGAUCGUAGCGGACAUUCGACCAACGAGGCUCAUGAAGCUGACAGUAUGCACGUGUCCUCCGCAUUGGGUACGAGGACGAGCAAUGAACGUACCGAGAAUCAACGCAACCCACCUCCAUCCGCACGCGUCAUGCGUCUGGAGCUCGAUGCAACAGCUCUAUCCGCACUAGCUGACGAUUGCCUCACACGCCUUUCGUCUCAAUCGUCAUCGAAAGAGAAGGACCAUGACAGCACAAAGGGGCGCCAUCAUGCUCUAACAGGACCACAUUCCAAGAUCAAGGACGCUGAAGCAGGAUCCACCUUGUCGCCCUCAACCCAGGCGCAUACAUCGAGCAGUACUCAACAGAAGCCCGGAUCCCUGCAGCACUCACCGACUGCUCCACAUCCUUCACCGACAAGCUUUUUCGGGGCUACAGUUGGAGAGGCAAGUACAACGCAAGAGAACGAUAAUUUUCACGGACUCUCACGUGACAGCUUUGUCGCGCAGCUCGAGAGGGAGAAGAGGCAGAUUGAAGCGGUGGCUACUGCUGUCACUAAUGCUCGAAGGGCUAGCGUCGGCCAUUCGUACAUUUUGCCGCCUGUGAGCUUUAUCGAGACUGGAUCAUCAAUCACUGUUUCGCCCGCCAAGGAAGAUGAAGAUCCGCAUGCAGGUGAAAAACUAUCGAGUCAUCGUGCAGACAAGAGAACCGUGGUAGAUGAUUCAGUGCAGGUUGCUUCUGCCUUGACAGGAGUAGCUUCCGCGCCUCGGGGACCACUGGUACGCGAAGAAGAAAAUCACCGCACUGGAACACCACCGGCGAGUACCGUUCACAUGCAUACUCACGACGAUCGUCAAUCAGUACCGAGCCGACAGCCCUUAGUUCGCAGAGAAAGUUCACAGACGGUUAAGGGAAGCGGUUGGAACGAUCAACAAGGCGUGAACUUCUACAACAAAGACGCCCAUCUUCAGAACCUGGGAGGCACCUCUCCUGGUCGACUAGAGGAUGACUAUCGUUAUGAUUCGCGACUGGUAGAGGUAGAGCAGAGAGGCAACUACUUGGGGGAGUGGCCCGGUGCUGAUCCCGCGAUGAGCAAUUUCGAGAGGUCGCACUUGCAACAUGGCGAUAUUGUUGACGGGGCAGGGAGAGAAGGCGACUUCGAGGAGCAACCUUUUGCGUCAUUGCGAUCUAGAAGCGACGUGACGGAUGCUGAAGAGGAAGUGGUUUCGCGAGCUCCGCAAUCCUCUGUUUCGCAGGAAGUCGUCGCUCACGAGGUGUAUCAUCGUGGUGCCGAUGAUCUAGACCACCAGCAGGACCACCGACGAGGCGUCCGAGGCGAGGGACCACGAGAACGUUUAUCUAUGCUGCCGCGCCACGGAAGGCAAACAAGAUUGAUAACAGCGCAGAAUCCGGCGCGUGCAAGUUCCUUGCAGAGGACGAGUGCAGCGCAGAUGGGAUCAUCGCACGACAGUGAAAGGCAGUCCGCCUCCGUCAGCAUUGGCAGGAAUUCCGAUAACCUCCCUCGUGUUGAUCGUGGUGGCGUUUAUGCGGAUUUGUCCUCGUCUGCAGAAACAUAUCAAGGCAGCUCGAUCGGAACAGGAAAUUACCCAUAUGGAAGCUACACCCCGUAUGGAGCACAACAGCCAGGUAUGCAGCAGCCGAUGCCUCCCGCUCCCUAUUGGAAUCCUUACUAUGGACAGCAGCCAGUGCUUGGCCCUGGCGCCACGGCGCAAGCACCUUAUGGCUACGGCUAUCCAGGAUACAAUGCGCCUCCGGUGGCUGGUGGAGCAAAUUCGGCCGGCUACGGGUUUUAUCCUCCAACCCCAGGAACGCCACAGCAAGCCGGUGGGCCGUAUGGAUACCCGCCGGGCGGAGCAUCACAAAUUGUUCCGGGAGUAGCUGCUACAGGAGGCGGUGGCUACCAGGAGUCCGGUUAUGGGUACGGUACUUCAGUAGGCGCUACGCCUGGAGUCUACGAUCCUGCGUCCGCAGUAACCGACUUCGCUGCGGCAAUCAAUCCGUUGAUUCCACCAGGCGCUUCAGGUGGAACCGCCGGUGGCGAGUCCUUCGCUUCGAGGUAUCUGUCAUCGCUGGUUCUCGUCUUUCUCCUGAUGGCUAUGUGCUACGGUUGUUACCACUACGCAGAGCACUUGCGGAACGAGUCGCCUGAAGGUGGGCAACACCAUUCUUCCAGAGGUAAUCAGGGAACUUCUGGCAGCUUUCGGGACCCUGGAAGAGAGCAGCGUGGCGGAGGAAGUGCUAGAGCUGGAACUAUGGGCGAAGGUAACAUCCGACAUUAUCCGACGCUGGGUGGAACACCUGCUGGCAGCGGACCUCCAAUGAGCACAGGAAACCGCUUUCCCGCUCAACAACAGCAACAAUUUCAACCCGGGUACGGAGAACAAGGCUUUCAACAGCAUAGUCAGAUUCCAGCAGGCGGGACUUCUUCAGCCGCGGCUCCAGCAAUGAAUAUCAUGGUCCGUUCUUCUGUUUCGCCGCAAGCACCACGACCACACCAGCUGCUACAAGAGGAUCAGAUGCAAACAUCAGAGAAGCAGCGCGUCGGUCAGGAACAAGUUCCGGCUCCAACGCACGAAACUCUCAACGCGCGUCGAGACGUGCCAGUGAUUCGCAUGUCGCCAUCGGCAUCGCAGGGCGUAUCUCCAACAAAGGUCCACAACGCAACGACGCCCACUCACGAUGAUCGGAGCUACAAAACCACGCCGAAAAGCAGCUCAGAAAAUGCAGCUCUCUCAGAUUGACAAGAAUAGCUAAGGCUUUUUCGCUGCAGCCCGUUUUUAUUAUAUGUACGCGGUACACGUACAGAAGUGUUUUCCCUUCUUCUUGUCCAGUUCGUAAUUAUGUUCGUAUCACGAACAAAGAAGUGUGCAACUACAUACUGCCAAGCUUCUUUUACACGAUCACCUACUACCAUUUUGAUAUCGAUUCAUUGCCAAAUAUAUUUAGUCAUUGUCGCGCUAGAGCUACUACAACUAAGCGGUAUUCUAAGAUGCACAGCACCAUGAAUGUCCUUGUCUAAGAACCGAAAAACCUUUUUUUCGCUUUUGUUCAUGAUCAACAGCGAUCAGUACUAGUUUUAGACAAGUGCUCAUAGAUAAAAUGUAAAAAAUGUAUAGUGCGAAGACGAAGAAAUUAUAAGCUGUAGUUGCUGAGUGAACUGAUGAUAAAUGCAUAUAGGAGAAAAUGCUUUUUAAUGUCAGAGCGGUAAAAUUUGUGUAUAAAGAUGUUCAAAGAAAUGAAUGAAAACAAAAAACAAAAGAAGACCAGCUUGGGCUUUCUCGUCUAUGAAUCUAUCAAAUCAUGUCCACCACGACGUCUAGAACUUCACAGGAUUUUUUCAAUCACGAUUGAAGCACAAGAGUAGUUGUAUCAGUAUUCAAGAUGAAAUUAGCUUAACGUCCUCGUCCGUUGUCACACUCACGCUAAAAAGUGUUGUCUCGAACACAAGGAGCAUCCUGCGCAGUAUAAACGCGUUGCUAGUAACAUUGCGGAAUAGAGACUAGCUCUAGCGUCACCGAUUUCCAAUGAAUUAUCUUAGGUCUAUAAUAUUUCGAGCCACAGGGCCGGGCCUGAAACGUUAACACGAAUGAAUGAGGUUUCAGUCAUCAUGAGACGAUGAUUGAAGAGAGCGCAACCGUAAACACUACCAACAUAGCUGAUCUGGAGCUUUUUUUUCUGUCUUUGUCUUAGUCUAUUGAAUCAUCACAGGCUUUGGCUUCCCAUCAAAAUCUCAGUCAAAAGAUCAACUUCGAAUCGACGCUACACGAAGGAGGAUACGAGCCACCCAUUCUAUGAUUUCGAAUUUGGAGCUGAAGGAUGAAGAAACUGCAGAGCAGGUCUGGA